AAAAAAAUAAAGGAUUGGAAGAGAAACACAAUAUGGCUCAAUUCCCUCCAAUCAUCAAUCUUUAUACCGAAAACCUACGGUUGCUCCCCUGUGCGGCAUCAUCGAUGGAAACGGAACCAGACCUUCUGUGUUGCUCCUCUUCAUAUCCAGCUGGCUGGUCCGUGCCAUCGGCAGCGGCGGCACUCCCCCCUUUCUCAUAUGGCGGGGGGGUCGGCUCCGACUCGGGACUAGGUUGGGGAUUCGGGCGAAACUUUCUAACAAGCCAAAAAAUGAAAGCUGUCACCACAACUAGUGCAACGAUCCCUCCAAUAGCAGCACCUGCUACAAGUCCUGCGGAAGGGGAGCUGCCGCCCGGUGGUGGCGGGGUUGAACUGGAAGAGGCACUUGUAAAAGUGCUAGACCCUGGAGCGGUGGGCUGUGACGUUAUCGAUCGAGUUAUGUUGCUACUAGUAAAGGAGGAAGCAGAGGUGCUGGAAGGAACAAGGUGUGUGCUUGUGGUAGUGGUUGUUGUGACACCCGAUGUCGUCGUCGUCCGACUGUUCACAGACUAUUUAAAACGAAAGGAAAGUGGGGAAACCAAAUGGUUGUAAACUCCAUCAAACACUUUCGCCAAAGACGAGUCCGAGAACUACUGACCACAGACGAGACUGAAGCGAUGCUACUCAAUGACAGGAGGGAUUGAAGCGAAAGCGAAGAAAUGCUGUACACGGAAGUGGUCGAGGUCACGGGAGUACUCUAAUGGGAGGAGGAUCAAUACGUGGACCAAGUUCUAUGGUCACAUAAGAGGGCGUACAGAGGGCGAACCUGGCAAUGAACUCCCACCCGGACUUGGGUUAAGUGUAUAUGAUUUACUUGUUGCUUGUGACCCAGAAGCGUCUAUCAGAACGAAGUACACCGUUGU